CAGUGCUCACGGGCGGUGCUGUGCAGGUGACCUCUGGCGAGUGAGACAUAUUUAGUUCCGAAAGUCCACCGGCCUUCGGCUCAUGUCUGUCUGCUUAGGGAGGCAGCUGGCGGGCUUAUGGUGGCUGGUGUGGCUGGUCGGUGUCGAGUACAUAGCGCUAUGGUGGCAGGGCGCUCGUCUCCCGGACCUCCACGACAAUAUAAUGUCCCUGGUCCAUGGCACUCUCUAUGAGGUUUCCAAACUUUUCGUUCGUGGGCUUGAGUACGGAGUCUACGUCUGGGCCUGGAACAAGUAUUCGAUUUUCCCGCCACUUGGAAAUUCCUUCUUCGAAAUUCUUUGCGUUAUCGUCCUCGUUGACUUCGGCUUUUACUGGUUUCAUCGAGCUAGUCAUGAAAUCAUGGUGCUGUGGGCGGUUCAUCAGGUCCACCACAGCGGCGAAGAGUUCACGGUGUCUGUGGGCCUCCGCAACUCCCCUCUACAGAGGCUGUUCUCCUGGGUGUUCUACUUGCCCCUGGCCGUUCUAGGUGUUCCUCCCGCUCACAUGUUGGCGCACGUUCAGUUCAGCGCCCUCUACCAGUGCUGGAUCCACACGGAAACCAUCAGAACCGUGGGACCUCUGGAAUACGUGUUCAAUACGCCUGCGCACCACCGAGUCCACCACGGGUGCAAUAAAUACUGCCUCGACAAGAACUACGGCGGGAUUUUCAUCGUCUGGGACCGCCUCUUCGGAACUUUCCAGCCAGAGCUACCGGACCAGGAAAUUGUCUAUGGGAUCGUCUACCAACCGAGUGCAUUUAAUCCUCUUUACCAUCAAGUGUUCUAUCUGGCGGGAGCGCUGAAGAAGGCUCGCUCCAUGAGCACCUGGGGAGAUUUCGUGGCAGCUCUCGUCAAGGGGCCGAGCUGGGCUCCGGGCUCGCCUUGGACGGGCUGGGACGAGGACAAACUCGAUAUCCGCGGCCCUCGAGAGCACCAGCCAGUGUCGGCGAGCAAACUCAUCCACCUCUAUGCCUUGGUCCAUUUCUGGGCGUCACUCACACUGACUUCGUACCUAGCUGUGCCUGGGAGCGGCAGCCCCCUGGAGGUGUUCGUGUACAGCUGCGUGGUCGUCGCCGCCCUCACAUGCAUAGGCGUCCUGUACGAAGACCCGCCGUAUAUGCGGACCCUGGAGGUGGCCCGCUGCAGCCUCUGUCUGGCCCUCUGCCUCGCCCUGCCACUCGCUUGCACCUACUCCCUCAACCUCAUUACCUCUGUGUACGCGGCGUCGCUGCUCCUGUGGCUUCUUGCCCCUACGAAGGUGCUCAAAAACAAGAUCGAGUAACGAGAAAAAAGGGACCUACUUUAUAUGCCACGUGUGGUAGUCCUGCUGGUCCCACAUGCAAGCAAACACGUAGACAUGUAAACAGACGCGGUCUCGUGGACGCGAAGUCUUUCUUUAUUUUGAUAUUCUUUUUUAAAUGUUCCGUGUAUUUAAUGAGCAAAUGUGUUGCAAAUAUUUAUUUCUUUUUGAGAUAUUGCAGGAGUCAAUAUUGUUUCGUUUAUUAACCUCUUCUUGUAACGUAUGGUUAUUUCAGAUUAACGGUAUAUGUUAUAUCUAGAAGCUAAUGACCUUUCCAAAUAUUAUAACUCUGAUGACCUGUUACAGCGGUGUUUACAUUAAAGUAAUGUAAUAACUGUAAUAAGAUAUGAACAAAUAUUUUUUUCAAAAUAAGUUAUAGGGAUAAAUGAAAUAAUAAAAUAUAAUUAAGUCCUUUUAGUUUAAUAGCAUUGUAAUAGAUAUUGCAAACUUCUGCGGGAAUCUAGACAUAGAAUUAUAGAUAUAAGGGAUAUUGCAGGUUAGCCCAUACUGCGUACUUCAGUUUGCUCAGAAUGGAACCAAAUUCCCAUAUAAUCUAUGGAGGUAUAUAUUUAUAGAUUGAGGUUUCUCAUAUACGUAUCUGUGUGCACAUAUAUACAUAUAUGAAAUGCCAUAUGUUUACAGGUGUAGUACAAAAGACAGGUAUCUCUUAACCCUUAAUUUUACUUUAAAAUUUGACCACUUUGUUCGACCAGAUGUGUAUCCAACAAUGUCACAAGCUCGCUUUAGGAACAGGAGAAAGCAGACCAAAACAUGUCAGUUGGACGAGAAAGCAUAAUGGUAGUUCAAAUUCUUUUGUAAAUUCGAAGGAAAGCCAAUCCAGCUUUUCCAGAUGUAAAACAAAUCGGCAUAGAUGACGGUGGCUAAAAAUAUAUAUUAAUAAUUCCGU